CAAGGAAGGAUAAAGGUAUUUUUGGGCAUGGCGGUGUUGUCAGACAUUAAAGACAACGAUGAACUCAACGAAGAGCCCGGGGAAGUCAUCGAAUCGGCACCACCCCAGAAAGUUGGCGAAGAGAGGCAGCUCACUGGUCUCAAGAAGAAGCUUCUCAAAUGCGGACUCGAAUGGGAAACCCCCAACUUCAACGACCAAGUCACUGUUCACUAUGUUGCAACUUCUUUGGAUGGAACGAAGUUUGAUUCCACUAGGGACAUCGAUCAACCUAGGACGUUUACUCUUGGUCAAGGGGAAGUGUUUGCUGGGUUGGAUAAUGGGAUUUUGACUAUGAACAAGGGGGAGAUAGCAUUGUUCACGUUACCUGGUGUGUCUGGUGGUGGAGGCAUUGCAGAUAAUUCCAACUCGGUUGUGCAGUUUGAGGUGGAACUUGUUUCGUGGAUCACAGUGGUGGAUGUUUGCAAAGAUGGCGGGGUUCUUAAAAAAAUUAUGGCGAAGGGGAGUGGGAAUGAGAGACCUAGUGAUCUUGAUGAAGUGCUUGUGAAGUACCAGGUGAUGCUGGUUGAUGGCACUGUUGUUGCGGAAACGCCGGAAGGAGGAGUUGAAUUUCAUGUGAAGUAUGGUCAUAUUUUUUCUAUAUUGCCGAAAGUGAUCAUGACUAUGACAAGGGGAGAGAAGGCUGAAUUAAUUGUUCAACCUCAGUAUGCCUAUGGGGAGAAGGGGAGAGAAGCUGGGAGUGGGCUACAUUCAAUUCCUCCAAAUUCAGUGUUGCAUAUUAAUAUUGAGUUGGUGUCCUUCAAGCCUGUCAUAAAUGUUACUGGUGACUCCAUGGUGCUUAAGAAGAUUUUGAAAGAAGGGGAGGGUGCUUUCACAGCCAAUGAGGGUGCAAAAGUUACCGUCAGCUUCACAGCUAUGCUAGAAGAUGGCACUGUGUUUGAGAAAAGAGGAAUCGAUGAAACACAGCCCUUGGAAUUCAUAACUGAUGAGGAACAAGUGAUCACUGGUCUAGACCGAGCUGUGGCAACAAUGAAGAAGGGUGAGAGAGCCAUAAUUAGCAUACAUCCUAAUUAUGCAUUUGGAAAUGUUGAAGUGAGACAAGAUCUUGCUAUUGUGCCACCAGGCUCAAAUGUAAUCUUUGACGUUGAGAUGAUGGAUUUCAUUAAGGAGAAAGCACCAUGGGAAUUAAAUAGUAAGGAGAAAAUUGAGGUGGCUGGGAGGAAGAAAGAAGAAGGAAAUGUAUUAUUUAAAAGUGGAAAUUAUCAGCGAGCAAGAAAGAAGUAUGAAAAGGCUGCUGAUUUUGUUAGUGAAGAUGGAUCCUUUGGGGAUGAAGAGCAAAAGCUAGCUGAGGCACUGAGAGUGUUGUGCUGGUUGAAUGGUGCAGCGUGUUGCCUUAAACUUAAUGACCUUCCUGGAGCAAUCAAACUAUGUUCACAGGUGCUUGAUGUUGAAUUUUGCAAUGUGAAAGCUUUGUACAGACGAGCACAAGCGUAUAUUGAAACUGGAGACUUCCUUUUGGCAGAUGUAGACAUCAAGAAAGCUCUUGAGGUGGACCCACAAAACAGGGAGGUGAUGAUAAUUAAAAAGAAAUUGAAGCAACUUCAAGCUGACAGUGACAAAAAAGAUGCUAAGUUAUAUGAACACAUGUUUGCACGUAAAACAAAGGACUCAUCUAUGGCUAAAAAGAGACUGAAGGUUGAGAAACAUGAGACGGAAAAUGAAGAGGUUGCAGGAAUGGAAAUGGACAAUGUUGCUGAUAGCGCCAUGGUUUAAUAGUUGUAUUCUUGCUAAACUUGUAUAGUUUACAACAGAGAGCUUCUAUAU